CCCUAACUCCUUACACACUUCAUUCUCUUGCCGCUUAUCUAAUGAACAGAAUUGAAAUUGUAGCAAUCAAGUGGAGUUUGCUUGCAACGCUUGUGUUUGGUGCCCAAUUUCCCUUGUUUGGUGCUGCAUCAAGUUGUUGUGCAAGAUUGGGUGGCAUGUGGUGCAUAACGUUGUGGAUUGGGCUUGCUAUUGUGGGUUGGACUCGUGACGCUGAACGACACAUUCUCAAACUAAAGCGCACACUCAAAAGUGUUUUGAAAGGUGUCAGCAGUCGAAAAGGAGAUGAAGAGGAGGAGGAGGAGGAGGAGGAGAAGAAGAUGGGGAGGAGGAAUUUCAAUUUCCGAAGGUCACAACAUUUCCACAAACAUUGCUUGUCCACAUCUCUCUUCUUCUGAUUCCGAUUCUUUUCUUUAGGGUUUGUAUCAUUCUUCUUCCGAAUCUCAUGCCGGGAAUACGUAUAUGGUCUGUUAAUCUUGAAUUCUUGAUGUUUUGAUUCUACAUUUUGGUUUUGAGGUUUUGGGUAAUUGGAAUACAGUUAUGGAAUUCGC